GUAAGGGAGCACAGGGGUGCUGUGGGCUGGGGCAGCCCCCCCGGCCUCUGUUUGCAGAGGGCUGAGUUAGGUUUCCAGAUGACAGCUUUGAAUACCAGCUGGCACCUCCGUCUGUAAUCCAGCUGGAAUGCCUCUGGAGCUGGUGGGCAGUCCGUGCAAUGGUAGAUUCCUUGCUGCUGUCACUAAUGCUGUGGUUGUGUUGCUGAGAAACAAACUGGAGAGGUUUCUUUCCUGGCUUCUCCUCUCUGUCCCUGCUGGAGUUUCAGUCUUCUUUCUUCUAUUCAGCAAGGUGUUCCCGUAGGGCAUCCAUUGGUCUCAAUCAGAGGCUGAUGCAGAACGGGGCUGCCCAUGCCUCAAAGCCCGUGGUGUGGUUCAAUGGGAGUGUGCGUGGUUGUAGGGGGCGGUGGGUUUUGUAAGCGAGGUGUUAAGUGUGUGUGAUGUUGGAGGCAUGGUGUGUUUGUUGCAAAGAAGGCAACUAAUUGUUACUUUAAUUACAUUCCUGCUGGUGUGUACUGAGAAGCAGGAACUGAACACAGGCAUGAUACCAGCUUACCUCCUGACACUGUCUGGCCUUCUGCUUGGCGUUCCUGCACGGCCUCCAGCCCCACUGAGGCACUCAUUAGCUGAGCGUUUUGCUGGCCUUGGCCUCAGUGCCUUUACCCAAGCAGGUCAGUGGUGCUUGGGGCAGCAGGACUCGGUGGCUUUGCAUUAGGGAAUGAGCAGUCAGAACGAGCCAGGUGAAGUUCAUUUCCCCCAUGACCAAGUGCAAGAUUUCAUGUUAAGAUGGAGAAGCGAGGUGUUGAAUGCCCUAUGUUUUAGCCCCUGGGAAUCUCAGGCUGGGCUCAGCAGUUAGCUAAUAGUACAGCAAUAUCGACUCAGCUUUAGUAAAAAGGCUAAAUGCUGGUUUCCGUGUUGUCUUUGGAGCCCUUAGAGCUGCCCCUUAUUUUCGUCCUCUUCAGUGGAGAAAUGAAAAGGCCUGUGUGCACUUCACAGGAAAUGAAUGUCUGAUACACGCUUGCAGGCUGCUCAUUUCCAAGAACUGCUCUCAAGGUGUGCCAGGUGGUGGCAUUGCAAUCACCUUCCCACCCUGAGUAUGGUCCGCUGCACCCCACUGACUUCCCACUGUUUCAGUUUUCCACAUCUCUUCUGAUCACUCCCUGCAGCCCUGCAGGGUGCUAGAACAGCCCAGACCAGUCAGUUCAGCCCAGCAUGAUUGGAAGAAGCCUCCCCAAACCAGUGCCCUGUUGGGCAGAGGUGGGCAGCAGCACAUCUGUGUCUCUCAGCUCCAGCAGGACAGCCUGAGCUGCAGCUUCGAAGCCAGACAUGCAUGCAGGCUGCCCUACCCUGGGGAAUACUUGGAGCACGUCGAACUAUCCCAUGGGUUUUCUCCACGUAAGAACCUUUCAGCCCGUAUCAGCAGAGCAUCACAUUGAAGCAGAAGGAAUGUCAUAGAAAAGUGCAUAAGAAACACAAAACCAAAGCAACAAAUCCACAGGGAGGUGGAAUUAUUUGUGGGUUUUGGGGUAUGCUCUCCAACCCCAACAUUAUCACAGGGGUUUGAUAAGACCAGUCCUUCUGAAAGAUCUGUAGAAGGGUUUCCAAAGCUCUGCAUGCACUCCAUCUAUAUGUGGAAACAGGAAAUGUCACAGCUAGUGUAGUGUUGUGCUGCCUUGUAGGAGAUAACAAACGUACAGAGUUUUUCAUAUUGCAUCCUGCUUGAAUGCUGGCUGUAUAGGGAAACAUGGUUUUGGUUUGGUGUGAGUUUGUGUGUGUCACAUUCUUUUUAUCUGCUUUUGGAAAACAGAGCCCUGUACCCAGUGUUGUGUAUUCCUUCGUGUCAGACACAGUGUCACUCUUGCACCAGGCUCUGAUUUAUGGUCAUGGCAUAAAAGAUAGCAGGAGCUGCAGUUUCCCCAUGGCCACACUGUGCUGGAGGAGUUGUGAUUGACAUUGGGAUGGUCCCGUGCACCCUUCUUGUACCAGAGGUUGCGAUGGGGAUUGGAUGCAUGCUUUCAGAUGGGUUGCUCUAACUGUUGUGCCUUCUGUUGAGUGCAAGCUUGAGCUUGCUAUUACAAAUCCUAAAGUUUUUUCCUGUUGCCAUGAUGUCUUCACAUUUGGUUUUUAUGGGUUCUGCUUCCUAAAGACAAUGACAGUGAUAAGGUCUUUGCAUUUGUCCUUAGGGCAUCUGUGAGUUGUCUGGUAGUUAAACACAUUGUGGCUUCGGUAGCAGCAGUAACAAUAAUGACACCAAUAAUGUGUUUGUUGCUAUCUGAAGUGCUGUAUAAAGCCUGCUACGGUCAUACAGGGUGAGGAGGGUUGAGGCAUAGCAACCAUCUCCAGAUUUGUUGCAUUUCACACCCAUAUUACAGCCAGCUAAAGGGCUCAGUCAUCUGUUUGAUGGGCAUCUCUUUCUUUCCAAAGGAUGGAUGCACUCUCUGGGAAAGCUCUGCAAAAACCCAGCAUUGCUGCAUCAAGGCUCCUGACUUGGGACCAGUUGCAGGCCUGAUAUCUAGCAGCUCUUCCCUAUGGACAGUAAAUUUCAGGAGGCUGGAGGCGACAGAGAAAGCAUGGUAAAUGCAGCGUCUCCCUGGGAUCCAUGGGCUCUUUGAGAGAUGAUCAGAGGGAGGCCAGAUGAUCUGCAAAACACACGCACCACUGUUGCUUGUCUGCAAAGGCAGCAUCGGAGCGUUCUCCCCAGCCCCGCACCGCCUGGCUUGCCCGAUCGCUUCCGGAUGUUUCGCAGUUGCGAGUGGGAGGUCCUGGAGCGAUCCCUCAACAUCCUCCAGGCCAGUGACUUCUACUGGGGCCCGCUGUCUGUUGGGGAGGCCCACGCCAAGCUGCAGCGGGAGCCCGUUGGCACCUACCUGGUGCGGGACAGCUCGCAGGGGAAUUGCUUGUUCAGCCUGAGCGUGCGGAUGCCGACUGGGCCCGUCAGCCUCCGCAUCUCUUUCCAAGAGGGUUAUUUCCGUCUGAAGAACUGGUUUUCGGACUGCGUGGUCCGGCUGCUGGAGCUGGUGGUGGCGGGGACCCGCAACAACCCCUUGCACUUUGAUGAGAUGGGGGGAACUCCUCUGGUCUUUUCCGAGCCCUUGUGCCGGAGCCGCCGGACUGUGCCCACGCUGCGAGAACUGUGCCAGCGGCGCCUGCCCGCUCCCACCGCUGCCAUGCGGACGUGCCCACGGGAGGCGGCGGUGUCACCCCUGGAUGGGAGAGUGGUCCCCAGCCCCUCUGCAGCUGGCACUAGGAGAUGAUGCCGGGUAUGUGGAGGCGAAGGGUUGCACACGGCCACGCUGGAGGGGCAGGGUGCCUGCACCCACUGGCUGCAAAAGCUGUGUCUUCAAACAUGCACAACAUGCCUGACCUUCCCCCAUAUGGCUGGGGUGAAGCCAAGCCUGAAGAACAGCUCUUCCCACCCCCAAGUCCUGCUGUUGGCUCCAUUCAUGACUAAUAAGCUUGAGAACAGGGCUAGCUGCCUGUCCUGCCAGGUCAGCCCCACUACCCAAAGUGCCUAAGCUAGUUUAUGCUGCCAGUGUGCCUUCGUGAAGCCAUACGGCCCCACAGUGCUGCAUCCUGGGUAUUGGUGGGCACGGGCCACAAGCUAACUGGAGGCCACAUGUUAACAGGAGACCACGUGUCUGUGCCUGAGCACAAAUGCAAAAUCUGCCCCUUCAGAGAUCAGCACUUUCGGGGAAAAAACAUUGCAGCCGUGUACAGUAUGUGCAGCUUGAGUGGCUUCUGCAUUGCUUUAUUUGAACAGGUUUUUGGGAGUGCAGAUGAGUUACUUUAUACUACGGGCAUCGUGCUCCUGAGAGGCAGGUCUGAGGUCGGUUCUGCCCUGCAGGGUGUGAGCAGACCCAGUCCAGAGCCUCUUGUCCUCAUCUGAUAGUAUGCUGCUGCCACCUAUGGGCUACAAAAAGGUGUUUUGUCUUGCCUCAAGAAGAGGCAAAGAAUUUUUUAUACAACUCCUAAAUUUUAAUAAACAUGUUUUUAUACUUAUUUUUAAAAGCCAA